AUGGAUGGGAUCCAUACCAAUCCUCAGUCACUUCGCCCUCCCCUAGCAGAUGCCACACAGAGGGUCAACGGCUGCUCAACUCCAAGGACAGAACAAGGAUCACGAUCUAUUGAAGAACACAACCUGCUGAAAACACCAGACCGGAUGUCUGUCGUCAACAGCCCACUGUCGACCAAGGACCAUGUGAAAGCCAACCGUCUUUCCCCAGCCCCUGACUCUCAGGCUGGGUCGAAGAGAAACUCUGUCAUCUCCGCAGCCUCCAUCCUCUCAGGAAAAGGCAAAAGAAAAACACAUGUUGGACCAUGGCAAUUAGGAAAGGACCUUGGGAGAGGGGCCACUGGCCGAGUCAGGUUGGCCAAACAUGCUGUGACGGGGCAAACGGCCGCUAUCAAGAUAGUCUCGAAGAAGUCCGCUGCCAUAGCUCAGAGCGAGAGUAUUGCGGCAAUGGACCGAACCGCAAGUCUCUACAGUGGCACGGGAGUUAGACAGAUGCCUUCCGGUAUUGAACGGGAGGUAGUCAUUAUGAAACUCAUUGAGCAUCCUAACGUUAUCAGUUUAUAUGACGUGUGGGAAAACAGAGGGGAACUAUACCUAGUUCUUGAAUAUGUUGAAGGGGGCGAACUGUUCGACUAUGUCUCCAAGCAUGGACCUUUGCCAGAGGAGGAAGCAGUUCGGUUAUUCCGACAAAUUAUUGCGGGUCUGGGAUAUUGCCAUCGCUUCAACAUCUGCCACCGAGACCUGAAGCCAGAGAAUAUACUGCUUGAUGGUUGGCACAACGUCAAGCUUGCGGACUUUGGUAUGGCUGCACUCCAACCCGCUGGACACUGGCUGAAUACAUCAUGUGGAAGCCCGCAUUAUGCUGCGCCGGAGAUCAUAUAUGGCCGUAAGUACCGCGGAGACAAGGCGGACAUAUGGAGUUGUGGAAUCAUCUUAUUCGCUCUUCUCACCGGAUAUCUGCCCUUUGAUGGUGGUGAUCUUCCGAGUACACUACGAGAGGUGAAAAGAGGCGAAUAUAUCAUUCCCAGGGAACUGAGUCUCGAAGCAUCGGACCUAAUCCAGCGCAUCCUGCAGAAGAGACCAGAGGACCGCAUCACGAUGCAGGGUAUAUGGAUGCACCCACUUCUGAAGAAGUAUGAAAAGCUUCAUCAGGCUAUGUCCCAUCACUACAUCGGUCCUGCACCCCCAUUGACUAGGCAAGAUUGUGGUCCACCAGUGACAAGCAGACAGGAUGUUGAUAAUGACAUCUUGAGGAACCUCCAGACUUUGUGGCAUGAUGUUAAGCCUGAGUCUCUGAAAGAGAGAAUUCUGCAUCCUGAACCAACCCAGGAACGGAUGUUCUACAAUGCUCUCGUGAAGUUCAGAAACGAACAGCUAGAGAACUACCAGGGACAGUCACUAGAAUAUUCUGCCAGUGAUUAUCAUCACAUUUCCCGGUUGCCUGGCCCGGCUGCAAACAAGCGCAACAGUAUCCGGAUUCCAGGUGGUUCUAGGAGACGCGGCCAGAAUUCCGCAACAAAUGAUAGUCAACAGCAGAGUUCUUCGAAGGCUUUGAAGUCCUCAGCAACCGAACAGAGCUACGAUCCAUUUCGUUCUCCACGCCAUGUUAUCCCUGCCCCAGAAGCUCAAUGUGCCCAAGUGACUGUUCACCGGAAGGGGUCAGAAACAGAGCCAAAAGACUUGGAAGGAUCUGCUCCAGAGUCAACCGAAGUUCUGGAGGAAGAAGUCGAAGAUGAAGACGAGUGUCCCCCUAGUUCCCCAUUCUCAAUCCUACCCAACAAGAAGUCCAAAGCAAGCUUCACAAGGUCUUUUCAUUCGAGGGCCUCACACUCUUCUUCUCGCCGAGCUGUCAACCCUGCACCUGCCCCUCGGUCCGCAAGCUACAAGAGAAAUGUCUUGUUUCGCCAUGGCCGAACUCGUUCGCAAGGAUCAAUGUCCACGAAGGGAAAGAGGUCUCGCGGAAUCGCUCCCAGCAUCAGCCGACAAACGAGUGAAUGUAGCUUCAGAUCUGACAUUGCUGCUGGCCCAUCUUCAAACGGCCGGAGCAGUCCUCUGCUACCUGCCCAACCAAUAAUGGUGAGAGGCUCUGGUAUUACGAUUAAGAAUUGUCCCCAGGUCAAGAGAGUCUCCCAGUCCGACAUCAUCUGGAAGGACGAGGCUCGGAAGGUCUCUCAUGAGCUCAGCCAGAUAUGUGAAGAAGCCUUCAAUGGUAGUUUCCUAUCCACGAGAUGUACCACUAGCACUUGCAUGGGAUCGGAGACUCCGGCAACUUCAGUCUCGAUGGCCAGCGCGGGAGAUUCACAGCAGCAGAUUUCUCCAUCUAAUAAUAAAUCCAAGCAAUCACCAGGAAACUCAGGCGAACCACCCAAGUCAACCACUGCACGAGAACUAGCUGAGACCCGUCGCAGGUUGAUGCAACAUUCUACCCAGAACGGGUCUGGGGACGUCACAUCAUAUCUCUCUGCCGUGAUCAACCACCUGGAUCGCCUCAUUGAGCAGGACAAGUCACAACCCCGAGACCAGGGGGAUAUCACCAAUGAGAAUGUCGCUUUCGGCCAAGAUACGUUCACGAAAUCCCCCAAUGAAACCAGUCACCUACCCAUCAUAUCAGAGGAACUGAUCAAUCCCUUCGAAAAUGGGAAGUCAAUCAUUGAGAACCAGGAGGUAUCAAGGCACAACUCACAGUCUGCCAGCUCGAUUCGUACAAAGCGUCAAAGCCGAGAUGGGAAAGCCACGAUUCGGAUGGUCUCUCCAAGUGCCCAACAUUCGCUGGAAGAGAUCAAGCCAUUGAACAUUAGAAAAAACCGAAGCACUUCAGAUAAUGCUCGCCGUCCUCUGGAGGAGAACACCGCCAAUUACGAUAACAGUAAGCGAGUUCUCUCUACUACUCGAUAUGCUUCCGCCGACUCGCGUCAAACACGUUUCUUUUGUGAAUUAGAUCCCAUUCAGGAAGUACCUAAAUCACCUAAGCGGUCACAGACCAAAGCUUCAGACAACAAAAAAUGGCCCUGGUUUCGGAACAAAUCGCAAGGCGCAUCGGAGAAUACAACAAAGGUCUCGACAGAGAUAAAACCCAUACAGCCAAGCUCAGCAACUGUCAUUGUCCACGAGAUCGAGCCAGACUCGAGCUUUGGACCUGACGAGCAAUGCCACAAAACCAAGACUCCUAAAGACUCCUCUGAGAAACUAAAGGGUGGCUUUUUCAAGAAGUUCAUCAAGAAGAAGCCAAGCAAGAACGUGCUAAACCCUCUAGCAGAACCCGAGUUUGCAGAUAUAAACCCCUUGCUCGAACGCCCAAUGGAGAUCGACCAGUUUUCUGAUACCGACAAGACUGAAAAGCCUCUUCCUCGUCCACCGCAUCCAAGUGGACGGAGUCACAAUUGGUUCGCUCGCGUUUUUCAAAUCAAGCCCUCCAUCCGAGUGGUCGCCUUGAACACCUCCAAGAUGAAGGGCAGGAAGGACGUCAUGAAGAUUCUGCGCGAAUGGAAGCAGUUCGGAAUGGAGAACGCGCAUCUGGACAAAGCCAACGGCGUUAUCCACGGUAGAGUCGGCGAGGUGAACUGCCUGCGUCUUCGAGCCGUCGAGUUCUCAGCCGAGUUCUUCACCGUCCUCGAGCAUGGCCGACAAGCGAAUCUCAGUCUCGUGCGGUUCAAGCAGGAACGGGGAGCCGCCUCUUCCUUCCACAAGGUCGUGGACACACUGGAGAUGUCCAUGAAGCAGCGUGGCCUCCUGGUCGACGAUGCUGAUCGCGCAAAGAAGAUGGCCAGGAUCCUGGACGCUUUCCCAAAUGGCUAA